CAUUGCCUCAGGAUUCUGAUUAGGCUGGCGCCAUUGAGCAAUCUAACAUCUCAUGCGUAUUGGUGCCGUCCAAACAGUCUGGACAACGGUGGUUGAACGCAAUCCCAGCGACCAUGCCACCCAACGAGGCAGCCCCGUGGCAUGACACGAGGCUCUCCUCGGAUAAUAGCGGACACGUGAUCGUGGUGGUUCGCAGUGCCACUCACCGGGGUUUUCCGCGCGCUUCCACCUUGCCACCACCGGGGCCAUCGUCCGGAGCCUGCUUGCAUACCUCUCGGGUUCAUCCUUCGUCCUACCUACUCAAUCAAGUAUUGGGGCACCCUGCAUGCACACCUGACGACGGUCGCCAUCGCCAUGGAGGGCGCCACACAUGUUAUGUGGUCGAGCGAGUUCAGCGCGUCGCGGCAUCUGGACGCGCAGGCGGUGGAGGAUGUGAGGCUGGUGCGGCUGAGCAGGGAGGCGCACGCGACUUGUCUUACCACGCUCGAGUGGCAUUGGGGUCUGAAGAAGGGGGAACUGGACCCCAGAUGCUCCGAGAACCAUAUCUCGUUACGCUACGACAUGAAGAGGAAAUGGCGCGAAUACGACUGGACGCUGAUUCCAACGCCCGAAACGAUCCGCGAGAUGCAAAGAUUUGUCGUGUAUAAUGCGCGACACCCUGAAGCUCGGAAGAGCAUGAAGGAGGUCUUCCCUGCGAAUCACGUCUUCGAGUAUGUCUUCGUACCGCUCAUGAUGAGCACUGCUCCGCCGUACCCCAAGCUGCGCUGUCGAAUCGGAGACGACAUCGAGCAGGAAUACGCUCAGCCGUAUGAGGGUCUCCCUCGCGUGCUCUCCCGCGCGCACCCGUUCUUCAUCGCCCUCGCUGCGUUCACCCAUAUCAAGAAGGGCGGAACACAUCUCACCGCCGAGGAGCGGCACACGAUCUUCGGCCCCACUCUCGACCUAGGCCACGCAUGGCUUGCCGACCCGCCCGCGAGCUUCGUGCACGGCGUUGACGUCUGGAAACCGCACCGCUACCCAUACAGCGACGACGGCAGCGUCGCCUUUGAGGAGCUCCACGGCCACAGAUCCCCACAUUCCACCUCCGCUUCGCCCGAGACGUCCGUGCGCUCCUCCUGGUGGUCCAAUGGCUCAACCGCAGCGACGUCUUUGCCCUCGACGCCGUCACGCCUGCCAAUCUGCAAGCGCUCGCCGCGCAAGAUACGCUUCGCGCGCGACGGGGGACUCCUGACGAUUGCCGAGAAACGCUUCCUGGAGCACAUGCCGAGCCCGCUGAGCAUGGGAGCGUGGCGCAGGACGGCGGAGGGCGAGCCCUUGGACGCGACGGCGAACGACGAGGAGCUUGUCUCGUAUAUGCGAGAACCAUCGCGUGACCCGGACGCCGUCAUCCGCGCGGGCAUGAAGUGCACGCCGGUUCCAAUAGGGAUCGGCCAAGGCGUCGACACGUCGAAGUGCUGCAGCAAUGAUUUUGCGCAGCUGCUCUUCAGCACGGUGCUGGCUUCGCCCGCGAAGAGCAAGCCGCUCGGACAUCGUCGGCUGCCGUCCAGCGCGCCCGUCACACCGCGCAAGGCGUCCGAAAGCACCAACCGGACGCCCAGGAAGGUGACGCUAGGUACCCCGAGCCGGCCGAUGGUGGGUGCCCCCGUUAGGGCCCCGCCGGGAACUCCCAGUAAGCCGACGUUGGGAACCCCAAGGAAGGCGACGCCCGCGAGCGCCUCGAAGCCAACAUGGCGAUAAUGCGCCACAUAUCCUGUCAGCAUUCUUAUACCAAGCAUGUCGGCCGGCUCCUGCAUCUCUCUCUCAUCCACUGUAGCAUACCAAUUGACUCUACGCGUCGACGGAACGCAUACUUACUUAUACGCAUCGAACCCACUUGUACAGUAUUAUUCUCCGAUUUCCGCUUAGUUUAUACUUGAACACUGUCAUGAUCUUGUCGGACUCCUCGC